UCUCGCCCGCGACCCCGGAAGCUUCAUCGGCACGCUCCGGCGUCUCCAAAAAGCCGGUGAAAAAGAGUGUGCCUUUUCAAUUGUCAUGGGAAAAACGCCCGUCGACUUCCCUGAGACACUGCGCGUCAACACCCGGCCGUGGACGUACACUUCAGACUAUCAGGAAACAUCUGCCAACUCUGACAGAAUCCACGACAAGAAGUUUUAGAACCUUGUGUAUGUGGGCUUUUUAAAAUAUUUUUAUAAGAUUUUGCUUGCCAUUGCAAUUUGAAGUCUUGCCACAGAUUUGGGACCCUCCAUCCAAUUGUAAUCGAGAAGAUCUGAAUGAUAAAGGCUGCCACAAGUACAAGUCAGUUGUUAUGAACAAAAAGGGAGUUUUGACUGUUCCCAAGACAUUGAUAGUUAUUCAUGCAGGUGUCUCAUUACGGAAUAUACGCCCAGCCCGCUGUGAAGCCCAUUGAAGGUCUUGUGAUGCCUGUGAAGAAGAAAAGAAAGCUCCCUGAUCCGGAGGAUCAUCAGCUCAAGUGUAAAAUCACAAGCUUCACCCGACCUCCUAUUUGCGCAUCCAAGCCUUUCAGCACAGACAAGCCCUUCUCUGGCAGAAAGUGCCUGGCUUGGUUCUACGAGUACGCGGGCCGAGACGAGGUGCUGGGCCCCGAAGCCAUGGAGAAGUUCUGUGAAGACCUGUGCGUGGCUCCUGAGAACAUCAUUAUGCUGGUUUUAGCCUGGCAUCUGGAAGCAGUCAACAUGGGCUUCUUUACCAAAGACGAGUGGCUCAGAGGAAUGACGUCCUUACAGUGUGACUGCACACAGAGGUUACAAAGCAAACUGGAUGACCUGCGUGGUGAGCUCAAUGACUCUGGCCUUUUUAAAAACAUCUACAGAUAUUCUUUUGACUUUGCCAGGGAUAAAGACCAGAGGAACCUGGACAUGGACACUGCUAAAUCCAUGCUGGCCUUGUUGCUAGGCAGAUCUUGGCCUCUCCUCCCAGUCUUCAUCCAGUUCCUAGAACAGUCCAAGUACAAGGGUGUGAACAAGGACCAGUGGUACAACGUGUUGGAGUUCAGCAGAACAAUUCGUACUGACCUGACCAACUACGACGAAGACGGAGCUUGGCCGGUGCUUCUAGACGAGUUUGUGGAAUGGCACAAAGCUUGCUCUGCAUUGUAGCAGCCUGACGCUACACCAAAGUCGACAACCACAUGAUCGGAAAAACAAGAGGAGGAGAAAAGACGACACACUGAUGGACUGUGACAAUACGCACACACACACACACACACACACACACAUUGGACUUGCGGAAAGGACUGAAUUCUUAAAAUGAGAGAAGCCCUUAAACCUUUUUCUUGAUUUAUUUGUCCCUCAUUUGUUUAUAGAUGUUCACAAUAAUAAACAUGAAAUUUGAUGUGA